UAACAUCAUGAGCACGAACAAGUCUGAACACCUAGCGAACUACGACACGGUACUUGUCUGUAGUAAGAACUGCUGUCCACUAUGCUGCGUCUGCUCCUGUCCCUGACCUUGGUGGCAGCUGCCUGGUGCGCGCCUGGCAUUGCCCCCGCUGCCAAGGCAGUACCGGCAAAUAAAUUGUCUACAACGGUCACCGCGCAAGGGUGUUUCUACCUGGGAAACCACUAUCGGCCAGGAGAGGUUGUACUUUCUGAGCCAGGAUGCUAUGGCCGCACCUAUACUUGUGAGGCGUCUGGCAUUCAAGGUCACGGUAUACCCGGAGAUGACUGUUGCACACAUGAUGGGAAUUAUUAUGAUGACGGCGAGUUUUUCUUCGACAGUGCUGGAAAACUUUGUAGCUGUUUCGGUAACUCCGCCGAGAAGCCUGUACCCGCAUCUUGUGGACUUGACAUCGACGUCAUCUCAGGGUGAGGAGAAUAAACAAACGGCUGUGUGGGUUCAUCGAUCCAACAUGGCGUCACGAUAUGCUGAAACAGCGGCCAAUGUCACCCAAUAAAGAAAUAAAUGCA